AGGAUUUUUGUUCUCUCAAGUCAUUCUAUACCGUGGGGUUGAGUAUUGGGUUGUUCUUUCUUUCUUUCUUUCUUCUUUUCCUUAUGGCUGUAUCUCCAAUACGGGACAUGUCCACUAGCUGGUUAUAUAUAAUCAGUAUUGGCAGUUCACACUAGAUGGCGAUGUAUGUACCUCACGAGACGGGCAUUACAUGUAAUAAUCGAGUGUGAGGUUCUACAGAGUUUAUACACUGAAUCCGAAUGGUGUUGGGUGAAAUUCGUAUGAGCAUUCACUUAGUUUUUUUUAUAAAAACCGAUAUUGGUUAAUGCCACUGGGAGCUGGGCAUUGGAUUCCUUUAGUCUGAGCUAUCGUAUUUCUUGAUUUCGACCAUUUUACCCCGCUAGAUGGGCUCACGUUACGCAAUAAUGCAAAACUUACUGCCACUGUUCCACAUCAUUUCAUAUUUGGUUAGGUGCAUCGGAAAAAGAUGCUAUACUGUUUAGCGGUAGUUUCGGGUAUAUGGUAAUGAUCGAGCCAUGUUGCAAUUGUGAUAUGACUUUAAGAAGUCGACUUAGUUAACAGUCGUUACACUUUAUUUAGUUUCAGAAGAUUCGUUCCUACAUUGUGUAGGAAAUUAAAACCAUGAAAUUUAAUUUGUAAAAUAUUUGAAAAUAAUAGGUUACACAAGGAGCCUUUAGGGACAUGUUUCAUUUUUCUAAGAUUAAUGAAAAAGUUUAAGACAAUGUACUUCUCACAUCGUUAAUAAAACCAUUUCCUUAAGAUGUCUUUCUGAGAUCUGUUAACAGGACUGUGUUAUAACUUGUAUUUAGCCAACGGAGGCUUGCGCACCUUUAAUUCUUUAAGAAGCCACUGUUUAUCGGCACAUUGCUUAAAAACACGUGAACCAAUCAAAGCCACGGGUUACAAUGAAUCAAUAAUCGAUACAUGUCGAUGUUGGUUCGUUGAGCUGUGUAUUCCAUUGCUGUUACAACUUCUAUUCAGUCACUGGCAUCUACAAACACCUCCAGAUAUCGAGCAUGCCAUAGUGGCUCAAGAAGGCCCAACAGUGGGGUUCCGUGUCGAAAAUCGAAGGUCGAAGGUCGAAGGUGCUAUGUCGCAAGUUAUUCAAGGAGGGUGGGGCGACGUCGCGACGAACGAUGGCCGUUGCGUGAUUCUGAGCUCAGUUGAGCAACCUAAUCGCAGUUGCACGAAUAUAGAGUAAUGCUCUCCGCAAACGAUUGAAGAAUUUGUAUGAACGAUCCUUUCGAAAGAGAAGAAAAUUCGCGAAUCUUCUUCUAUCCAGUUAUAAAUCUUUGAGUGAUGAUCCUCUUGAGAAUUGGAAGCUGGAAAUCAGGAACCGAAGAUUCUUCUUACUAUUUUACUUACGGUUUAUCAGUUGCUAUUUACGAGUGAUCAAACAAGCAAACCAGGAAGCAAGAGAUGGAAUGCGAAUACCCGGGCACCACCUACAUUCCGGAAGACGAAGAAGUGUCGCGAAGGAAUCGUGAACGCCAGUUGGUGCAAGAGGGAACAGCACUCUGGAAGAAACGAAAGGAAGAGCUUCAACGUCAGAAGUACCGAGAGCAACGAGAACUUCGUGAAAUGCUAGCCAGUUAUUCACCUUGGGGAAGACCCGGUGGCGGAGCACCAUGUGCUUCCGCACUUCGAAAGAAAAACGUACGUCUCGAGCCGGCGACUCCUUCGAGAAACUGCAUUUAUGAGGAUUGGAAGAAGAACUCGACGACCCAGAGACUCGUAAAAUUGGAGCCGAUCGAUACUCGAGACAUCCAGCCUUCCUCUGGCGCCGUUGAUGCGAAUCGGUUUUUCCAGAUGGAUUCUAGGCGCGGUAGGUCCUUCGUGGCCCGCAAUCGAAACAACGAGGAAAUUCAGAUUUACAAGUUGACGGGCGGCGUCGAAUUGGUCCCUUUGCUGACCACCCGAAGGCAUCACGCUCAACCGCAAACUACUCGCUAUUUGGCGACCGACGCGACGCGUCCUGGUUACACGAUAGACUCGUUGCGCGGCAUGGCUGCUGCAAGCGUAAAUCGAGAAUACGUCAGGGACCUCGGCGAGCAGAUACGUUACAAACGUGAAAGGAUUCUGGAAGAGCGAAGGCGCGAGCAGGAAACUUCUCGUAAACACUUUGAUACGUGGAGAAGAUUCUGGGGCAGGCCAGGUCACGGGGCACCGACGCAGCAUCUCUACAGGACCAACCUCUACGAUAUUCUCUAUCGAGUGGCCCUUUAAUCACUCUUGGAAUCGUAUCUACAGGAUCGUUCGGAGGAUCUCGAAAAAGAAAGACACCUGCUGCCUCGCCAUCUACAGAGAAUCGAGACUCAUUCGCCAGAGAUCGUUAGAAUCAUCGCACCGAAUCUGCGGUCCAGUAGGUUCUCUCUCGGGCCAUCCGCAUCUCCCGCACCUUCCAUGUCGAUCGAUGCCGCACAAGUGAACGUAUCCCAAGUAGGAAUGUAUCUCCUGAUCCUUUAAAGUUCGGACCACUGCUAAUUUCCUUGAUCACUAAUUAAAGGCUAACCGAGCAUAUUUCUGGAUGAGAGAUUUAAAAUCGAGACAAGGGCAAUGGGUGACCGGGAAUGUAAAAUUGAUGGAGUCGAUCGAAUUAACGUGGCCCAUUGGGUCUUCAAAAGAUUAAACGAGAUGAUUUCCUCUUGUCUCCGAUGUCUCCUGACUCCACCCCCCCCCCUCCUUUCCUCUGCAGCCCUCUGUCCCUCUCCAAAAUCCUACACGUCUCGUUUCGCGAAGCCUCGGCAGUCCUGCAACCAGAGUACCCGUCGCAACCGCCGCAACCGCCGCAACCGGCACACCACCAUUGUCCUGGCUAUUGUAUCCUGUUACCACUGUCGCCCCGUUUGUAUAAGGGUGAUUCAUUUUCCGCGAAAUAUCAGUUCCUGUACCGCUGAAUUUCAGCCCGUAAAACCGGUUCGCAUUGUUAUGGAACUGGGUCGCGCUUACUGGCUUGUAGGUCUCACGACGCAAAGCAGAACUCCAACCGCUCACGUAUCCACGUCUCGACCUGGAUGGUGUCAUCCUUCUAAUAAUAGGAACGGGCAACUGCAAGCUCGAAAAGUGCCUUUAAAAAGCACAAACUUUUCAUUAUAGCCUCAUGAAUGGGCUUUCACAAUUAUUUGGCCCGAUCUGACUAGCUCGAGUUUUAUUAAAUCCGGUUUCAUCAAGCAGUUCACUCGCUUUCCACUUGGAAAAUAUGAGUUAGCCUCGCUAAUUCCCAUCGAUCUCCACGUAUCCACGAAGCUCCGUGAAUUACACUUGGAUUGUCUUAGGGGUCGCGAUUAACUUGUUGCAGGUAGACGGGAAACCGGAAAAUUGGGAAACUGCUCUAGGACGGACACUUCCUUCCGCCUUGAUUGGUAGGUAGGCCCACAACAAUUUCUUUAAAAGCUAUUGCGGUGACUUUGCAUCAUCAAAAGCCACCUCCAGCAGCAAUAUACAUACAAUACAGUCUUUGUUCUCACAGACAUUCGAUCCGUCGCCAACUGCAGCGACGCAAAGUACUUGGUAGGCUUUGGGCUCGAGUAAGUGUUCAAUUAUUCCUCUGAGUAUUUGCAAGCGGAUAUGCAUCGCGUGUGGCCAAAGUCACAGUCAAAGCACUUCAGUCACAGUCGUCGUCGUAUUUUCUUUAGAUAUACAAACGUGGUAAGACAUUUUCAAAGCAGGAGAGCAUGGUAGCCGAUUAUUUAGUUGAAACAAAUCUAAUAUCGUAAUACAGAGAUAGAUGUGGGUGGGCGAGGGGGCGAGGGGGGGGGGGAGAUAGACAGUAGUUCUACUGAUUUCAUUUACUGUCGCCAUUACCAUGCCUCCAAUGCAGAUUUAAAACUAACUUGUGAACCUUUAAGCAUUUUUUUUCCAGUUGUAUAUAUUUAUAUAUUUCUAUCAACUAUAUUCUAUGUAGAAUUCACGUAUAAAACAUAUACAACUUAUAUAGAACAUUCCCACCUAGGUUGGAAAAAUCUUUGCACUUACGAAGAUUAUGCGGAAAUCGAAUAAUUGGAUUUCGAGGCUUUGUUGAAUUGUAAAAAUUGGAUUUUCUUCCCUUUUCCGCAUUGGAUCGGCACUUCAAGGAUAGCUGCGUUCACAAUCAAGCAUAGUGAAUUCUCGUAUUCGUUGGAACGUAUCUUGCAUUGGAAAUUGAUAGCACUUUUGACGCAAGUUGAAGAUAAGUGCUCAUUUGACGACGACGGCGUUAAAAGAAACCUCCCAAAAGAGAAAACAAUAAGAUUAAGUAUGUGGGGAUCUCAAGUGUGAUUGGCUGACGUAUCGUAUGCUUCUCGUUCGAGGCGCUACACAUGUAGAAGAAAAAGCAAUGGUGACGCGACGCGUCGUGCGAGAUCGCCUUGCUAAAGAAAUGUAAUUUAUCAACGGAUCAUUGGAUGACGAAGCCAGAGGAGGCAGUGCUCGAGGAAUCGAUACACUCCAACGCUUCUUUACCCUUAGAGCCUUGAGACUGGCAAUCCUGCAGAUAGUUUCGAUGCGUAAUUACGUAUACACGAAGGGGGCCGACUACUUGAGUGCGCGCACUUAAAAGUUGAGCCGAGUAUAUCGAGCGGCAGGCAGCCGGCCUGACUCCUCGACUGCCUGGACUGCCUGGACUGCCUGGACUGCCUGUCGCGGGGGAGGUCGAUGGUCCUGCUGACGCUUAAACUCCAAGGUGCACCAGUUGUUCUAGAAGCCACCGCGCAAUCCUGACGUUCGUUCCACCACCUUCUCUUACUUCCUGCUCGUUUACUCCGAUUCACUCUGGAUUCGGCCGAUCAAGCGACGGCAAAACAACCAUGGCACGACUACGGCUAUUACUAUUAUUACUAUUGUACUACUAUCAACAAAGAAGGAAAUAAAUCGCAACGAGUUCCGUCAUUUACGAUAAAAUUGAUGGUCCAUAAAAUCCUCUAUUAAAAUAUUUCGAUUUCAAGAUGGUCGCCAUCACAAGGUUGUAUCAUACUUGGUUGGCAGCGAUUGCCAAUUCUCCUCGUCGUAGUAAAACCUUUAUAUGAGACACAAGAGAUGGACCUAAUGAUUCUUUCGAGUUCGGCGAGGAUCACAUUGUCUCUCGCGACCUCUACCGCGCUUUGUCGGUUCUUUUUAUAUUUUUCUUUCCUCUCAGUCAGAGAAAGAGUUACCGAGUCAGUGGAUUUUGCGAACAACAUUAAUCUGAAAAUUUAGGCUGACUUGGGCAAGUGACAUUUAUUCCCUCUGCGUCUCUAAAUGUCAUUAUUGUGCAAUGCGUCUUUUGCUACAAGUUCAGAAACGAAUAUAGUCCUUUCGCGAAUGUAUGUACGUGAAUCACGCGUGAGGGUGGAGAAUGUUGCGUGGUUUUGUCAAUAGGUAAAAUUAGGGGUGGGGAUUCAAUAUCCUCCAAUUCUUACAAUUAGUUCUUUGAUGCUCUAUCCGGGAAAUAUGGAAGAUUCAAAAUUGAGUGUCCUGAAAUAUCGAAAGGACGAACUCCCGAGAUCCUACAUUUGUACAUCGUCCGAUGGAAUCUCCCGAAAGGAAUUCUUCCCCAUAAUGUCCGGUCGUGACUAUUGGAAGGAGUCGUAUUUUCGGAUUCCAGCUGACGUACAAUGUCCACGGAGCAAUUCGGUCGAAAUUAUGUGACGAUUUUAUUUCUCUUUUCAGGAAAAGUCACUCACUU